UUCAGUCUCAAGCACUCAUGUUACUGAACUGAGAGACGGAGAAGUUGGCUAAAAUGGGGUCGAGGGAGCAACAGCUUACAAUUUCAGCAGGAACAGCCCAACAUAGUAAGGCAGGCCAAGCCAUAAAAGAGGAAAAAUAGAGACACUGUCAGUGAAUAGAGCCAGAGAGGGACAAAAACAGGGAAUAGAUCAGGCUGGCAAGCUGAAAAAAAGAAUUAAAGUGAGGGUGCACAGUGGAGAGUAGGACAGAACUGUACAAAGAAGUAACAGAGAGAGAGAGAAAGAGAGAGAGAGAGGGGGGGAGGGGGAGGGGGAGAGAGGAGAGGAGAGAGAGAGACAGAAAGAGAGAAGCUUCAGGCAUAAAAGACAGAAAAGAAUGUAUAAAAGAAAAAAGGGGGUGGGUGUUUCAGGGUGAAAAUGAGGAAUGAAGAAAAGCAAGACGGACAGUGACAGUGUGUGUGUAUAAUUAUGAGCAGACAUACACACCUGUGUGCUGAGAACACUGAGCUAGAGAGAGGGACAGAGAACAGAUAUGAAGGGGUUUAUUAUAAGACUGCUAUCCAUCCUCUUCAUCACCUCCUUCAGCAUUGUGCUGUUUUGGCACUACUUUCCUCACAGUGAUGAAGCUCUCAACGGCCCACGUGGCAAUCAGAAUCCAGCAAACAGCAAUGAUGCAGCUGCCAGCAAUCCACGCAACGUUAAACAAAACCCUGCAAAAAGAAUGAAAAGUGACUUUAUUGACAAACUGCUAGCGAGUUACUCUAUCAGCUGGGAAAAGCAGAACCAGAACAUUCAAACCUAUAGGUCAUUGCUAGGCAGCAGUUGCAAUGCCAUUUCCAAUGCAGUGGUUACACAGGUCAACUCUCCUGUGGGAACAAAUAUUACUUAUGAUGCAGAUCAAAAAAAGAUAAUGGAGGUGACACCAGCCCUGUUCAAUCUAUUUCCCAAGGAGAGCCCCUUUGAAAAAGCACCAUGGGACUCGUGUGCUGUAGUAGGCAAUGGAGGCAUCUUAGCCAACAGCAGCUGUGGAAAACAAAUCGACUCUGCUACAUAUGUUAUCAGGUGUAAUCUUCCUCCACUGAGCAAUGGACAUGAGAGAGACACGGGAAGGAAAACACACCUUGUCACAGCCAACCCCAGCAUCCUCUUUCAAAAUGUUGCACCUCUCACAGUUCCACCUGAUGUUAAACAAAAUGCACCUGAUGUUAAACAAAAUGCACCUGAUGUUAAACAAAAUGCACCUGAUGUUAAACAAAAUCCUGCAAGCAGCAAGGAAAAAGCCAUUAUUGACAAACUACUAGCAAGUUACACUUACAAAUGGAAAAAGCAGGACAAGAACAUUAAAUCCUUCAGGUCAUCGCUAGGCAGCAGUUGCAAUGCCAUUUCCAAUGCAGUGGUUACACAGGUCAACUCACCUGUGGGAACAAAUAUUACUUAUGAUGCAGAUCAAAAAAGGAAAAUAGUGGUGACACCAGCCCUGUUCAGUCUAUUUCCUAAGGAGAGCCCCUUUGAAAAAGCACCAUGGGACUCGUGUGCUGUAAUAGGCAACGGAGGCGUCUUAGCCAACAGCAGCUGUGGAAAACAAAUCGACUCUGCUACGUUUGUCAUCAGGUGUAAUCUUCCUCCACUGAGCAGCGGACAUGAGAGAAACGUGGGAAACAAAACACACCUUGUUACAGCCAACCCCAGCAUCUUCUUUCAAAAGUACCGAUCGCUAAAUGAGCGCCGACGGCCAUUUGUGGAGGAUAUGCGGUUGUAUGGGGACGCUCUACUCAUGCUGCCUGCCUUCUCAUUUGGGCAGAACACGGCUGUGUCCCUGCGUGUCCUCUACUCACUGGAGGACUUCAGCAAGCAUGGCCCACGGGCGGUCUUCUUUAACCCAGCGUAUCUGAAAAGUCUGGCAGGCUUUUGGCGUGGUCAGGGAAUUCGCUCAUUGCGCCUCAGCACUGGUAUCAUGAUGGCCAGCCUGGCACUGGAGCUCUGCAACAACGUCCAUCUGUACGGCUUCUGGCCCUUCGGAACACACCCGUACACCCACCAGCCACUCACCAACCACUAUUAUGAUAACCAACCAGCAAACAAAAGAAUGCAUGCAAUGCCAGCUGAGUUUGAAGCCUUGCUGAAUCUCCAUAACAAGGGUGUGAUCCAUCUGCACCUAGGGGAGUGCACAAAUUAAACUAUACUAUAUGGCCAAACGUUUGUGGACACCUGACCAUCACAUUCAUAUGUGCUUUUUGAACAUCCUAUUCCAAAUGUAGUGUUAUAAUAACCACCACUCUUCUGGGAAGGCUUUCCAAUAGAUUUUGAAGCAUGGCUUUGGGGAUUUGUGCUCAUUCAGCUACAUGAGCAUUACUGAGAUCAGGCACUGAUGUUGAGUGAGGAGGUCUGGAGUGCAGUCAAUGUUCCAGGUCAUCUCAAAGGUGUUCAGUGGGGUUGAGGUCAGGGCUCUGUGCAGGACACUCGAGUUCUUCCACUGCAGCAUUGGCAAACCAUGGCUUCAUGGAGCUCACAGAGGCAUUGGCAUGCUGGAACAUGUUUGAGCCUCUUAGUUCCAGUGAAAGGAAAAUUGUAAUGCUACAGCAUACAAAGACAUCCUAUACAAUUUUGUGCUUCCAACUUUGUGGCAAUAGUUUGAAGAAGGCCCACAUAUGGGUGUGAUGGUCAGGUGUCCACAACCUUUUGGCCAUAUAGUAUAUGUGGAGUGCCCACUGUUAAACUGUGCCAUGAUAAACUCAUGUAAUUUAUCACUCAGGUUAUAGGGGUGUAACACAGUUAGUACCGUUAACAGUUAGUUCUGGUCUAAAAAUUUGAUUGUAUCGGUUUCAUUCACAAAUUAUUAAAACUUUAUUUUAUUAUUUACUUAUUUAUUCUGGUACCUGGCUAGCUAGUUUGUAGAGCAUGGGAUACUUCCUCUUAGGACUGUGGGUUUGAGACCCACACUGAGUGCCAAACCCAGCCGCCUUUUCCUCUGUGCAAACAUUUUGGGCUAGUUUCAAGUCUUUUACUACAUUUCUUGAAUUCUAGUUAGGGUGGGAAUUUUGCUGAAACCUGGUAACUCUCCCUAUGAGCUUCCGCGACAGCUGUUCUUUAGAACUGCUUUGUUUGUUUGUUUUAUUUGAUCCUGAUGCACACACCAAGUCUGAAGCUGGCAAGCUUUCUUUAAAAAAAAGCAAAAAAACAGUACUCUAUCUACAGUGAAGAUCUGUAUUCAUGUUCUUUUAUGACGCAUUAUCUGUUCUAUCUGAAUAAUGUAUUUGCAUUCAGGUACAUCCCUGUCAGGUUAACUACCACACAUUUUAAAAACAUCCACCCUAAUAGGAUUAACCUAAUAAUCAUUGGUGCAAUUUGCAAGAAUAGAACAUUUAAUUAGUUAACAAAAGCUGAAACAGGUACUUCUUAGUAUAAAGACGUUUCUCUGAAGCAUUGAGACAAUCAUAGUUCAAUAGAGCCAAUACUACUUUUAUCUACUGUUUACUGAAGUUCACACUGUGGAAGAAUGUAAAACCCCUUGCGGUUGAAAACUACUGAGCAUGUCCAGUUAGUAGAAAGCAGAGGUGGUAAUUAUGUGAUUAUCCAGCUGCUGGUCAAAGGUUACCUCCUACAGUCUUAGAAAAGGGUUCUUUAAUAGUUUCAAUAAUUUGUUUAGAAUUCUUUCUGAUAGGGAAACACUCUGUUGUAGGGUUUUACAUAGAACCUUUAAGGGUUCCUCCAGAGAGAUCACCAAAAUACUCUAAAGGGUUAGAUUUUAACAGUUUUUCUAAGAGUGCUGGCUCUGUAAUUAUUUAAGAGAGGUGCACUGCUCUGCUCUACGCAGACACUCAGCCUGAAUUCUUCUUAUAGAUGACAACACAGUGCUGUAACUGUAGCAGGACAUAAUGAAGUAUAAUUUAAUGAAUAAUUAAAUCUUUUUGAUGGUUCUUUUUUUCUGCAAUGCCAGUUAGCUCAAUAUGCUUAAAUUCAAAUAUUAGUGAUUUCUCAGACUGAAGAUGGCCUAUGCAUGCAUUAUGAUAUGGAAAGGGGCAGUACCUUUAAGAGUGAAUAUGUGUUACUGAAUGUAAUGAUAACUGUGAAAUUGCCUCUUUUGCACUUCUUAUGACACUGGGUAUGGGGCUCUGCAUUUGUUACGAAUGCAGUUUUGUAUAUUUUUCCCUUUAGGUUAAAAAAAAAAAAGUUUUAAAAAAAAAAAGAGUGAUGUGGUUGGAUUUUGUUUUCAUUUAAAUGAAUGAAGCUUAAACUCACCUUUAACCUUAAUGUACAUUUUUCAUACAAAUUGUGUCAAUUGUUUCUAUGUUGCCUUAAACGUCUUCACUCCCACUACUCUGUAAACUGAGCCAUUUAUUAUAUUUCUACAGAUCUGCGAAGCGAUGAAUCCAAUCUCAGGUAAAAGACAUUCACCUGUUGUCCUAAUAUCCAGAUCCAACAUUCUCUUACCUACAGCUUAUAAAUGUAAGAACAGCACCAUAUUUACUAGCAAAAAAAACCUUCACAUCUGUACUAGAACUGUUUUUUAAUUUGUAAAGUUGAAUCCUGUCUCAGAAAAAUAUCUUUGUUUUAAAGUAAAUAUAUGUGAAUAAAGUAAGCAAAUUGCUUGCAACUGCUCAUCUAUGUUUUUAGAUAAUUGCUUACAAAUGGUCUUUUGAGUGCAUGCAUCAGUUGCAUGAAUGAAGAGGAGAGGCGGCAAAGGUGGACUGUGAGUGGUAGGAUUGCUGACGGCUGCCUCAGUGGUAGUUCCCUUGCCCUUCAAAUUUGGUUAGAAUGAUGUCAAGAUAUCCAUGAUAUUAAAUUGCUUAUAAUAUUAAAGGAACUUUUGAAACCGCAAAUGGUGUUGCCAUGGCGAUGCAGUCAACCACCACACAAACAGGAAGCGUGCCCUAAUUCCACUGCACAUUGUUUACAUGUAUGUUUUUUUCCAUAAAUAGAGUAGGUUAUAAUUGUCAAUGUAGGUGCGGCAUCAUUCAGCGGAAUUGGAAUGAAAUCUUUUAAAUGCGAUUUUCUCUUUUAAGCAUAACCAAACUUUCUUCUGGUUGUGAUACAUGCAAAAGAGAAUCAUAUUUCAGUUCAGGCCUGUAGUUUUCAGACCUUUACAUAGUAAAAAUUAUUGAUCAUGUGAAGGAGUUUUCUAGGCUGCCACACAUAUUUUACAGUACUUAUGUGAUAUUGAUGUGGAAAAAUAAUUAAAAUAUUAGAAUAUUAUGGAAGUGAUCUAUUGUCUUCAAAACCCUAAAAACCAAAGACCAAAAUGAAAACAGUUUCCAA